AAACCAUCCAUAGUUUGACGUUUUGGAACUUCGAAGAUAAAAAUCCAUCUCAACUCAGAUCUCUUCAAAGACUUUUCAGCUCUUAGACUCUUGAUGACACGGGCAAAGCAUCCACAAAACAUUUUGUUUAUAGAAGCCAGCCAGAACAGAUAGACUCCUGUUUGCAGGUCCUCUUGUCUCUGCAACUACAACAGAAAUGAGGUGAUAACUGCACCUACCAGCCUGUCUGUUUCUCUAACACUGAACCUUCUCCUUCUUUCAGCUAUUGCUCAACAAAAGAACUCAGCUUUAUUUGAAUCUGCACCCUCUUCUCAGCUUUCACAUAUUGUCUGUUCCUACAACGAUGUUGGUCUGAAUUUAUGGUCGAUAUGAAGAGUGCCCAUCAAUGAAAAUUGAUGGUUCUCUUCCUCCUCCUCCUUAAGCACUUCUCAAUUCUCAUAACUGAAAGUUAAUUCGCCCUCCUCUUCUUGAGUGGUUAUGGACCAAUGGGGUUUAGUUCGCUUCAUGGGGUCCAUUUCAGUGUUUGUCCUCCUUUUUCCUGGAGGUUGUAAGGCUGGUAUCCAAAGUGUGGGCAAGAUCUAUCCAGGGUUUCAAGGGUCUCAAAUGACUUGGAUCAAUCAUGAUGGGUUGUUUCUUAUAUCUAACAACUCGGAUUUCGCGUUUGGCUUCACAACUACUGAAGAUGUUACACAAUUUCUGUUAACCAUUGUCCACUUGGGUAGCCCGAAGGUCAUAUGGUCUGCAAAUAGAGGUUCUCCAGUUUCAAAUUCUGAUAAUUUUAUCUUUGGUGAAGAUGGUAAGGUCUCUUUGCAGAAAGGGGAAGAUGUGGUUUGGGCAGCUGAUACUGGUGGCAAGAGGGUUUCUGCAAUAGAGAUGCAGGAUUCAGGAAAUUUGGUUUUGCUUGGGAAUGACACUAGUGUACUGUGGCAGAGUUUUAGCCAUCCUACCAAUACACUUAUAUCAAACCAGGAUUUUGUAGAUGGAAUGAAACUUGUAAGCGAUCCCAACUCCAAUAAUCUGACCCAUAUCCUUGAAAUCAAGUCCGGAGACAUGAUUCUUUCAGCAGGUUUCCAAACUCCACAGCCUUACUGGUCUGUCCAAAAGGAGAGCCGGAUAACCAUCAAUCAAGGUGGUGGAAAAGUUGCCGUGGCUUCUCUCAGAGGAAAUUCAUGGAGGUUCUAUGAUGGAAACAAAGUGUUCCUGUCACAAUUUAUUUUCUCAGAUAGUGUUGAUGCAAAUGCCACUUGGAUUGCAGUUCUAGGAAACGAUGGUUUUAUAUCUUUCUACAAUCUUGAUGAAAGUGGCGGUGAUUCACAAACAAAAAUACCAAGUGAUCCAUGCAGCAGACCAGAACCUUGCGAUGCACAUUUUGUUUGUUCUGGUAACAAUGUAUGCCAGUGCCCUUCAGGUCUUAGUACCCGCUCAAAUUGCCAGACUGGUAUUGUCUCUACCUGUGAUGGUUCACAUGAUUCUACAGAGCUUGUCAGUGCUGGGAAUGGGCUCACUUAUUUUUCUCUGGGGUUUCUCCCACCCUCUUCAAAAACCAAUAUGGAAGGUUGCAAAUCCGCUUGCCAGAGUAACUGCUCAUGCCUUGCUUUUUUCUUCCAAAACAGUUCUGGGAACUGCUUCCUGUUCAAUGACAUAGGAAGUUUCCAGAACUCUAAGGCAGGCCCUAGUUUUGUUGCAUACAUUAAAGUUUUGAGCGAUGGAGGCAGUGGUUCCAACGCUGGAGGGGAUGGAAGCAGCAAAAAAAGCUUUCCAAUUGUUGUGAUAAUAGUCAUUGCCACAUUGAUUACCAUUUGUGGUCUACUCUAUCUGGCAUUUCGUUAUCACAGGAGAAAGAAGAAAAUGCCGGAGUCUCCCCACGAAACCUCAGAAGAGGAUAACUUCUUAGAGACUUUAUCUGGGAUGCCGAUCCGGUUUGGUUACAGAGAUCUUCAGACUGCAACUAAUAAUUUCUCAGUGAAGCUUGGACAAGGAGGAUUUGGCUCAGUUUAUCAAGGAGCUCUCCCAGAUGGAACCCGACUGGCUGUGAAGAAGUUGGAAGGCAUUGGUCAGGGAAAGAAAGAGUUUCGAGCUGAAGUUAGCAUCAUUGGUAGUAUCCAUCAUCACCAUUUGGUUAGGCUGAAAGGCUUUUGUGCUGAAGGAACUCAUCGCCUCCUUGCUUAUGAGUUCAUGGCAAAUGGCUCUUUGGAUAAAUGGAUCUUCAAGAGAAACAAUGAAGAGUUCCUGUUGGAUUGGGAAGCAAGAUUCAAUAUUGCUGUGGGAACAGCAAAAGGACUAGCUUACCUCCACGAAGACUGUGAUGUAAAGAUCAUUCAUUGUGACAUAAAACCGGAGAACGUGCUUCUUGAUGGUCAGUUUCUUGCCAAAGUCUCAGAUUUUGGCUUGGCUAAGUUAAUGAAUCGAGAGCAAAGCCAUGUUUUCACAACACUAAGAGGCACCAGAGGGUACCUUGCACCAGAAUGGAUCACAAAUUAUGCCAUAUCAGAGAAAAGUGAUGUUUAUAGCUAUGGCAUGCUGUUGCUUGAGAUCAUCGGUGGAAGAAAAAACUUUAUUGCAACUGAAUCUUCAGAGAAGUCCCAUUUUCCUUCUUAUGCAUUCAAGAUGAUGGAAGAAGGGAAACUGAGGGAAAUCCUUGAUUCGAAGCUGAGGUUCGACAAGGACGAUGAGAGGGUCUCCACGUCUAUUAAAGUUGCGUUAUGGUGUAUACAGGAAGAUAUGCAUCUCAGGCCAUCAAUGACCAAAGUUGUCCAAAUGCUUGAAGGUCUCUCCCCAGUUCCACUGCCACCUACUUCAUCACCAUUGGGCCCUCGCCUUUAUUCAAGUUUCUUCAAAUCUAUAAGUGGGGAAGGCACUUCCUCAGGACCAUCAGACAGCAAUAGUGAUGCCUACCUCUCUGCAGUACAGCUUUCUGGCCCAAGAUAACAUUUGCUGACUGUUGGUGGAAUUCUUAUGUUUAGAUGUAGAAUUGAGCUAUUCCUGCGUGUGUUCCCCGUAAAGUUGUAUAUUUUUUAUAUUACUUGAAAGUUUUGUAACUCUAGCCAUUGGUAAAGCUUGAUCACUUCCAAGUUGAUAUGUAAAUGAAGAGUGUUGAUUAAGACUAAGUGAUCCAGUAUAGAGAUUUUGACUCGAAA